CGUAAUCAAAACGGAAGCCGCCCGGACCGAAUACUAUUUCUCGCGAAACUGGUUUUUCCAGGUGGGAAGUCGGAACUGCCACGGAUGGCGGCGGCCAGAGCCACGGUCGCCGUCGUGGCCACCGUCUCCGUGGCUGCUCUCUCGUACUUCCUCUGCGACUUCCUCUCCCAGAAGACCCAGCUGCCACGAUCGACAAAGAAGAAGAAGAAGAGGCAGCUCGGCACCAGAAGUGGGGUCAUUGGCGCCAUUGGGAACACUCCGUUGAUUCGCAUCAACAGCCUCUCCGACGCCACCGGCUGCGAGAUUCUUGGGAAGUGCGAGUUCUUGAACCCAGGGGGCAGUGUGAAAGAUAGAGUUGCUGUGAAGAUUAUUGAAGAGUUGGUUGUGCAGGCUUUGGAAUCGGGGAAGCUAGUUAGAGGGGGAGUGGUCACUGAAGGAAGUGCUGGAAGCACAGCUAUUAGCCUCGCAACAGUGGCUCCUGCCUACGGGUGCAAAUGCCAUGUGGUUAUUCCAGAUGAUGCUGCCAUUGAAAAGUCUCAAAUUCUCGAAGCCCUCGGAGCUACAGUCGAAAAGGUAAGGCCGGUCUCAAUCACACAUAGAGAUCACUAUGUCAACAUUGCAAGGAGAUGGGCAGCGGAAGCUAAUGAACUGGCAGCAAAGCAUCCAAAAAUCAAUCAGGGGAAUGGUGAAAUGUCAGAGGAGGUCAAUGGGUUUCAUCCUGAUGAAGGAAGGCCGGCUGCUGUCAUCUUGAAUGAUUGUAAAGGUGGAUUAUUUGCCGAUCAAUUUGAAAACCUAGCGAACUUCAGGGCCCACUACGAAGGCACCGGGCCUGAGAUAUGGGAACAGACAGAUGGUAGUCUAGAUGCAUUUGUGGCUGCUGCAGGCACUGGUGGGACUGUUGCAGGUGUUUCGAGAUUUCUGCAGGAUAAAAACCCAAACAUCAAGUGCUACCUUGUAGAUCCGCCAGGUUCUAGUCUCUUUAACAAGGUGACAAGGGGAGUGAUGUACACUAAAGAGGAGGCAGAGGGAAAAAGGCUCAAGAACCCUUUUGAUACCGUGACUGAAGGAAUAGGAAUUAACAGGCUCACGGAGAACUUCUCAAUGGCGACACUUGAUGGGGCUUUUCGUGGGACGGACAUGGAGGCUGUUGAGAUGUCGAGGUAUCUGUUGAAGAAUGAUGGACUCUUCCUCGGGAGUUCUUCAGCAAUGAACUGUGUUGGAGCUGUGAGGAUGGCACAGUUGCUGGGCCCAGGCCAUACGAUUGUUACCAUUCUGUGUGACAACGGAAUGAGGCAUCUGAGCAAGUUCUACAAUGAUGAAUACUUAUCGAGGUUCAAUUUGAAACCAAGUGCAGUUGGGUUAGAGUUUCUCGGCAUCAAAUAAGAAGAGGGUCUGCACCAAUCUUCAGGUCCGCUUAUAAUUAUGAGUGUGAAGUCCUUCAUGCCAGUGAAUAUCAUCCAAGUAUAUUUGGAUUCAGAAUGAACGAUUGCCGAUCUAUAUGGAGCAGAGCCAGCUAUUACAUUUUUUUGACAUUCAAAUUCUUUCAGCAGGUUAUAGGGGGAGGGAAUUUUUUGAGAAUCCCAUUAUUUAGAUUGGGAGUUACACUGAUUAAUGUAUAGACGCCCUGUUCAUUGAACUCAGAUGUUUGUUUGAUCAUAGAGAAAGUAACAUUAAAAAACCAGACCGAGUUUGGUCCUAAGUAGUUCAUGGAGUUCGAUUUAUAAUCUUUCUUCUUGUAGCA